AUGUUCCUUCAAUACAAAAAACACAAGACCCCUGUCAGCACCUACACGGACUCAUACCGCCCACCAUGCUCUGUCCGAAAGACCAUCAAAGACGCUGUCGUUAUGCAGCCGAGAGGACUCGAGUUACUGACACAGGGAUUAUGGUCACCACCACCAGAAAAUUCAGCCAGCCAAGGUAAGCCUCAGGAGCUGAUUAAGACAAUGCUGCAGGAGUACUACAAGAACACCAUCAACACUGUCUGCUACCCUGAGAAGCCAUGGCUGAACAUGUCCAAAGAGAAGUACAAGCCACUUUUUGUCAAUCAGAACAACUACAUCACCUGGAGAACCGGUCCUUACAACAGUGCAGCCUGGAGUAAGCACUCCUGUUACCUCCCAUUCCUGCCCAAGGAGGCAAGGAUGGAGACCUUCCUGCACAGCAUACCUGUGCUGUACCCCCCGAAACCCACCUGCCUCAAUCAAUGUGAGAGGGAGGCGAUGAUAGACAUCCUGCACAGGCUGUCACGGUACUCGCCGCCGUCCCUGCAGCCUCUGUACACAGUGACAGGGAAAGGAACCUGCCAGGGCUACUACAGCCCCUGCUCUGGUCGCUUCUACUGCCUGCAUGGGUUGGACUACCACACUGAUGGGACCCUUAACAUCAGAAGACAUCUCCAUGCACUAGGAGAGAAGGCUGUAAGGAGCAUGCCAUGCUGCAGUUACAGCCCCAGAGUGCUGUUCUGUACAUCUACAGAUUGCAUCCAGCCAUCCCCAUUCAUCAGCCCUAGGUGGGACACAAGCCACUUCAUGAAGACAGCAGGAGUCCAGAGAGGCAGCUUCAUCCUCAACCCUGAGUUUACAUCAGAAGUUUCAACUUCCCUGUGUGGCUGGCACCCUCAGCGACUCCAAGCCCCGGAGAGACCCCGGGACCACCCGCCUGGGCUGGUGCUGCCGCCGCCGCCGCCGGGUUCGGCGACGGGGCGGGCGGGGACCCGAACUACAUCUCCCAUCGGGGAGCGCCGCGCCGGGGCGGCCCGGGGGCGGUUCGGGGGCGGUUCGGGGCCGGGCCGGGGGAGGUUCGGGGCCGGGGCGGGGCGGUGGGGAGCGCCCAACCCCGGAACCGCCGCGGUCCGCCGGCUGCGACCAGCCCCGGUGCCCCUCGCCCCGUCUCCGGUUCCCCAGCGAGCCCAGUCAUGGCCCAGCGCUGCCACCUCACUGGGCUGUGAAACGCCGAUUCCUGCGGCGUCGGUGGAAGUGCUCGCGGAGCUAGUGCCGCAGCUCCAGAUCUGCUGCCUGCUCUUGCAGACGGAGCCGGGUCCUGGCAGCAAACCUGCAGCCCGACCUUGGGGUGCCAGCCUUUUGCCUCCCGCUGUGGAGGGGCCGCGCGAGUUUUUCGGGUGGCGGGGAGGUGAGACGCCAGCCCAGAUCCCACGACUCCGGGAGCUGAGGCUUGUUGAAGCUCGCACGCAGCCGCCCCUUGGCACCCCCGGACGGGAGGGGUGGCUGCUCAAGCACCCGAGAAAAGCCGCCCCCGGUGACUUGCUGGGUCCCCUCCUGCCGCCCGGGGAGCAGCAGCCAGCUCCUAGCCCCGAGACACCCUUGCGGGAUGGAGAGGACAAAGCUGCCGUGGGCGUGGGGAUGUAG